UCAACCCUUUUCUCCCGCUGUUCUUCUUCUCCUCCUUCUCCGUACCCAUGUACGGCAACAACCCCAAUCUCCGGCCGCCGUACGGCGGCGUUCCUGGUUUGCCACCACAAUAUACUAUCAACCCUGAUUUUUUCAACCAAAACCCUCACCUCCUAACUCAUCCUUUUUCUUCUUCUUCUUCUUCUUCUUCUUCUUCUUCUUCUUCUUCUUCAUCAGUUCCUCUAAACCUCUAUAUUCACCGCCAAAAUCCUUAUAUCCGAAACCCUAAUUUUCCAAUCCAACAACAUCCCAACACUAACCCUACAUCUUCAAACCCCGAUAAAACUCUGGAUAGAAUUGAAAGCGCUGUAAAGAAUUCCCAUGAGAAUCUUCUUGCAAUUGGUGAUACUAUUACGGCAUGGGGAGUCUCUCAAGCUGCACUUGUAUAUCUUCAAGUAGAUUCAUGGGCUUCACUAGGUUUUCAAAUACAUCAAAUUCCCUCGUUGAGCCUUCUUAUGAGCACUGAAGCAAAGGUUAAUUCAUAUAUCGAUUGUUUCGUUCUGGCGCGGAGAUUUACAUCAGUGUAUGAUUUAGAGAUUGCAAUUUGUAAAAAUGAGGGUGUUGAAAAGUUUGAAGGACUAAAAUUGGGACCUCUCUUAAAGCAUCCAGCUGUUCUUCAAUAUUUUUCUGUUCCUUCGGAUGUCAAACAAGUUCAUAAGAUAACAAGUGAAACAAUUGUUACUAACCUUGUCGAGUUCGUACAUUCUUGUGAUGGGGAAGUAAGUAAAGAAGUAAAUAAGAUAACAAGUGUCAAGAAAAAAAAGUUCUUGCAGUUUCUAGCAAGUAAAGAAGCUGUUGCACACCCAGCAAGGCUUGGUGUUAGGAUUCCGCAGUACGUGAAACCUUAUGUAAAUUAUAUCCGAGAUGCAAGCAAAGCAGAAGGGGAGAUACUAAAGAGUUCUGCUCAAGCACUGAAACAGAAGUCCAUCGAUCAUAACAAAAAAGUGAAAGAUGAAGUUUCAAACCAACCUGCUAUUACUUCAGAGAAAAAGUUGCUGGACAAAUUCAGCACUCAACAUGUCAAGUCGUUCUCUCCGAUUCCUAUACAUUCUGAUUUAGCUAGCAAGCGUUUGGAGGAUUUAAGUGAUAAUAAUAUUAUUAAUAGCACGGAUAGUGAUCUUAUUUUAAGUAGUCAUGGUAAAAUGUCAUCAAAAGAUAGAAAAUAUUCAGAUCAACAUGUUGAUAGUUACCCUUUACCAUCUACAUCUGAAGAACAAAAUGGAGGAUUUGGAGUUGAAGUGAAUGAGUGUUCUCCUUCUAUAGAUCCCUUAAGUUAUGACCCAAAUAAAAAGUCAUCUGAUAAGAAAGCGAGAUUCUGUUAUCCGUUUACGAACGACUCUUUGUCUAGGAGUUCUAAAAGGUAUAAGUCAGAUCCAAGGAUCAUUAAGAAUCCCGAUUUUCCUACUGCAAUGCACAAUAGCCGUUCUUCUGCUGACCGUGGUGUUGGGGAUGACUUUGGGAAUUGUCUUGAAGAGAAUGCUGGUGAAAGAUCACCCGAUGCUCAGAUUGAAAUGGCAGAUUUUAGUGCUGUGGAUAAUUGUAACCUUGUUCUAACUGAUGAUACUGUGAAUAAGUUCAUAAGCACGUGGAAGGACGCAUGCCAGGUGCAUUCUGUUGACGAGGUUUUUGAAAGGAUGAUCAACUUUUAUAAUGCGCCAUCUCAAGGAAGAAAGAAAAUUUCAGUUUAUGCAUUACAGCGUCUAAGAAGGCAAAUAAAAUCAUCUCAAGGAAGAAAGAAAAUUUCAGUUUAUGCAUUACAAUGUCUAAGAAGGCAAAUAAAAUCAUUAACUUCAACUUAUCCGUGUAUUGGAUUAUUGAAUGUCGCUAUUAGAUCUAUUAAAUGCGGGAUGUGGGAUAAUGUCUAUGAUACUUCACAAACUAUGGGACAACAUGGAUGUAGGACUCCAACUUUCUCUUCUUUCACUGAUUGGAAAAGGAGGGAAGCUGAAAUUUUGAGUAAGACAGACUCAUUAUCUGCAAAUGAGUGCUCUUCUCAACCUGAAUACAGUCUGACUGUUGAUGGGAUUUUGAAGAAAGUUGGGACAUAUUUCGAAAUGAAUCAUUGCACUAAGGAAGCAGAUUCCCCGCUGGACAACCUACUUGAUUGCUCAAGAAGGUUACGGGAUUGCGAGGUAUGGUUGACAAAGCAAUUUUCGGUCAAGGACUUUGACACUCUAGGUCAUGGUGCAUUCUUCAAAUUUUUGGAGGCAAACUCCUCUCAACUUCCUUAUGAACUAUAUGGAAGAUUUACUGGAGAUUUAAGGAAGAAGUCUCUUCUGGAGGUAACCAUGCUUGGGCAGCAGCUGAUACUGUUGCUAUCGCAAGCUGCUAGUAGCUUGUGGGUGAACGGUGUAAUAACAAAGCACCACAUAUCUUUUCUACUAAGAAAACAAUUCCCUACAAUCAGCUUAGAAAUUGGUGGUGACGAUCUCUUGGAAGACAUGGCUGAAUUUUUGAAGAAGCAGGGUCGUGGUAACUUUUCCAGUUGUGUUUUAUUUUCUGCUACUUUGUUGCGCUCAUGUUAUUUGGACGCACCAUCUGCAUGCCAUUUGCUGGAGGGUACAACUGGUUUGAAGUCUGAUUUAGGGCUUAAGUGUGGGGUUCUUGGAUCUGUUUCGUCUAAGGAUGCACUCAAGUGCUUGCUCAGAGCACCAAUGUUAACCGAUCUUUUAUCAUGGUCUCAUUGGGACCUUAUAUUUGGUCCUUCACUUGGUCCUCUUGCAGAUUGGUUGUUAAAUGUAGUUCACACUAAAGAGUUGAUGUGCUUAGUGACAAAAGAUGGGAAAAUAAUUCGAGUCGAUCACUCUGUCACCAUAGACGACUUCUUGGCAGCUGCACUCCAAGGGUCUUCUUUCGAAACAGCUGUAAAAUUGCUGUCUUUGGUUUCUUUGUAUGGAGGGGACAAGCAAGUUCCGAUGUCCCUUCUUAGGUCCCAUGCGCGCCAAGCAAUUGAAGUCAUCCUAAAGAAUUCUUUAAACUCUGCUGAAGUUACAAAUUAUCGGGAUCUUCAAAUUCAUGAAGAAGCCUUGAGAGCAAACCAAGUAUGUUGCGGACAAACUGAGCGCAUCCCACUUCCUCUUAACCCUGUGGGUACUAUUUCACAAAUUAUGGAAAGCCAAGAUUUGAGCGAAGGAACAUUUGGAGUUAAUAAAGCAAUUUCUGUUGUGUCAAGGUUCGUUCUCGAUAUUCUUGGUUGCCUACCUCCUGAAUUUUGCAGUUUUGCAGCAGAUAUAUUUCUUUCAGGAUUCAAGUCUCUUACUGGAACUGGUCCUUCAGCUAUUUUACAUGAAUGCACCCAAAUUAAUCAACGUAUGAUGCUUCAUGACAUUGGGUUGACUCUUGGUAUAGUGGAAUGGAUUGGUGACUACCAUACAUUUUGUUCUAGUGGCACCAAUGAAUUGCUUGUAUCCCUUGUGAAGACAAACAAUUUAGUCUCAUUUCCUGGAUCUAGCACGGACGCAUUGGAUGAACUGAAAGCAUUGAAGAGUCAGGAUUUUUCUGAGGCAGACAUUCACCAUAGUGAUGUCUGUGUUCAGAGAGAUCUAAGCGAAGUGUCUAAUAAAGAUAUGUAUGACGGCUUUGUAAGAGCUUCAUCCAAAUAUGAUGAGAAUGAGGAUGCGACCAGUGUUAUUGAAUCUAUUAGGCGUGAGGAAUUUGGUCUAAUCCCAAAUCUUUCACAUGCUGAGAUGAACAUGUUAAAGAAGCAGCAUGCUCGUCUAGGGAGGGCUCUUCACUGUCUUUCACGAGAGUUAUAUUCACGGGAUUCUCAUUUUCUUCUCGAGCUGGUUCAAAAUGCAGACGAUAAUGUUUACCCUGAAAGCGUGGAACCUACUCUUGUUUUCAUUCUUCAGGCUAGUGGCACUGCUGUGCUAAAUAACGAACAAGGCUUUUCUGCUCAAAACGUUAGAGCUCUUUGUGAUGUCGGCAAUUCAACAAAAGGUGGGUCCAUUGCUGGAUAUAUAGGGCAGAAGGGCAUAGGCUUCAAAUCAGUUUUCAGGGUUACCGAUGCUCCAGAGAUUCAUUCCAAUGGGUUUCAUGUCAAGUUUGACACAAGUGAAGGUCAUAUUGGUUUUGUUUUGCCCACAGUUGUCUCUCCUUGCGACAUUGACUUUUAUGAGAAACUUAUCCCUAGCGAAGUUGUUGAUGGGACCGAUGAUAAUAACAUCAGGCGGUCUAGUGGCAGCAGCCAGUGGAAGACUUGCAUCAUUCUUCCUUUCAAACGAAAACUAAAAGAAGGAACAGACAUAAGCUCUAUCUUAUCCGUGUUUUCAGAUCUUCACCCCUCCUUGCUACUGUUUCUUCAUCGCCUUCGAUGUAUAAAGCUUGUGAAUUUGUUCACGAGUGAAUACUUUGUCAUGAGAAGAGAAAGUUUAGGAGGCGGCAUCAUAAGAGUUUCUCAGGGAAAAGAAAAAACAAGUUGGUUUGUAGCAUCUCAGAAGUUGGAUGCUAGUGUCAUUCGGCCUGAUGUUCAAACUACAGAGAUUGCUAUAGCCUUCACCCUAGAUGAGUUGGCCAGUGGACAAUACAAACCACACUUAGAGCAACAACCUGUCUUCGCUUUUCUUCCUCUAAGAACAUAUGGUCUGAAGUUUAUUCUUCAAGGAGAUUUUGUUCUUCCUUCAUCUAGGGAAGAGAUUGACGGAGAUAGUGCUUGGAACCAGUGGUUGUUGUCGGAGGUUCCAAAUUUGUUUGUCAGUGCACAGAGAUCCUUCUGUGCCAUCCCUUGCUUUAGAGAGAGUCCAGGGAUAGCUUUGACGAGCUAUUUGAGUUAUGUUCCACUUGUGGGGGAAGUUCAUGGAUCUUUGUCGCAUCUUCCUCUCAUUAUUAUGUCUAAACUACGUGCUUCAAACUGUAUGCUCUUGGAAGGACAUAAUGAGAAGGAAUGGGUUCCACCAUGCAAGGCCCUCAGAGGUUGGGAUGAACAAGCUCGCAAUCUUUUACCUGAUAGACUUCUAAAACAGCAUCUCGGGCUCGGUUACUUGGAUAAGGAUGUAGUUUUGUCCGAUUCUUUAGCAAAUGCUUUAGGCAUCGAAGAAUAUGGACCCAAAAUCCUGGUUGAUGUUAUGUCAUCAGUAUGUCAACAAGCUGAUUAUGGUGGUAUAAAAUCAAUGGGGUUGGAGUGGUUUUCGUCGUGUCUCAGUUCACUUUACUCUAUGCUGGUGAUUAGUUCAACUGCUAGAGUAGAAGUUUCAGAUAUUUUUAAGAGACUUGCGAGAAUACCGUUCAUUCCACUUUCAGACGGAACAUAUAGCUCUGUGGCUGAAGGUUCGAUAUGGUUACCUUCUGAUGACAUUGGAUUUGAAGGUUUGCAUGGUCCUGAUUUUUGCCCUAGUUUAUAUGCAAAACUUCGUACCGUAAAUCCUGCUUUCCUCUCUUCACCAUCCGAGGAUAAGAGCAGUGACACACAGAUGCAGGUGGAGAAUUGCAUAAGAAUGUUAAACAGAAUAGGUGUUCGACGGCUCUCUGCGCAUGAUAUUAUAGUGGUGCACAUUUUACCAGCAAUUACGGAUGAUAUACCCACAGAGAGAGAUGAUAUUUUGAUGACAGAAUAUGUAUCCUUUUUAAUGCUCCACCUUCAGUCUAGUUGCCCUAGAUGCUGCGUUGAACGGGAAUACAUUAUCUCUGAAUUAAGAACCAAAGCUUUUAUCCUGACAAAUCAUGGCUAUAAAAGACCCCAUGAAAUAUAUUUACAUUUCAGCAUGGAGUACGGGAAUCCGGUAGAUGUGAGCAAGUUACUUGAUGCCGUGGAUGUGGAAUCUAAUUGGCAUGAAGUUGACGUUAGAUACUUGAGACAUGCAAACAUCAGCACGUCACCAUUGUUUGGUUUAAUGAACUGGAGAGAAUUUUUCCAGGAACUUGGCAUUACUGAUUUUGUUAAAAUAAUUCAAGUUGAGAAGAAUGAAGCUGGUCUUCCCCUGAACUUGGAUCACAAUGAAAUCCAUAUUUCUCCUGGUUUAGUACUUAAAGAUUGGGAGUCAGCGGAGUUGGUUUGCUUACUAUUUACUUUAUCCUCACAGAAGAAUCAUGGAAAAUGUAAGUAUUUGCUGGAAGUUCUUGAUGAUAUGUGGGAUGAUUGUUUUGCUUCAAAAGUAACAGGUUGCUGCAUUUCAAAACCGAACGAGGAUGGGAUACCAUUUGAGUCGUCGUUCAUUAAGAGCAUUCACGGUGUUCAGUGGGUAGUAUCGAGUACAGAUCAAGAGCUUCACUAUCCUAAAGACUUAUUCAUCGAUUGUGAGGCUGUCCGGUCUAUCCUUGGAGAUGGUGCACCAUAUGCUGUGCCACAGGUGAAGAGCAGAAAAUUGAUACGUGACGCUGGUUUUAAAACCCAAGUUGCCCUUGAUGAUGCGUUGCGAAUUCUCCAUACAUGGAGAAGAUGCAAGACUCCUUUCAAAGCGAGCAUUACACAAAUGUCGAAGUUUUAUUCGUUCGUAUGGGAUGCGAUGAUAGAGAGUUCCAAGGGUAAAAUUUUAGAGGAGUUCAGUUCAAGGCCUUCAAUAUUUGUUCCAUAUGAAGCUGUGUCGGGACACGAGAGUAUGGUGAAGGGCAUGUUUUUGUCUCGAGAUGAUGUGUAUUGGCACGACCCAACUGGAUCUGUGGACUUAGCAAAAGCGCUGCUUCUUCAGCAUGGCUUAAUUAACGGGUCUAACUGCCAUCUAAUCAACACACUGGCACAAGUUUAUCAUGGUUUUCAUGAUUUUUUUGUGGAUGAGUGUAGGGUACGCGAGAUCCCUCCUUUUAAGAACUAUAUCCAGAUCUUGCUACAGUUAUCAAACGUUGCUCUGCCUUCACAGGCUGCUACUGCAGUUUUUAGAGUUUUUUUGAAGUGGGCAAAUGAUUUAAAAUCUGGCUUGCUGGGGGCCAUGGAUGUUCUUUACUUGAAGGAAUUUCUUCAGAAAAAGAAAAAUACAGUUCUUCCGACUGUACAGGAUAAAUGGGUUUCACUUCAGCGUAAAUUUGGCCUGGUCUGUUGGUGUGAUGAUGAGCAACUAAAACAGCAAUUUACAAUAUCUGACAAAAUUUGUUUCUUAAACUUUGGAGAACUUAGCAAUGAUGAGAAAAAAAUGCUCCCAGAAAAAUUCUCUAUGUUCAUGCAGGCUAUUGGAGUUCCGUCUCUUUCUGAGGUCGUAACUCGUAUAGCAGUAUAUGAAGGUGUGGAAGAUUUUACAAGUAAAGCUUUAUUGAUGGACCGUGUUCUUCCUUUUGCUCAGCGCUAUAUCUACAAAUCACACCCUGAUCAGUACCUUCAACUCAAGCAGUCUGGAGGGGAAAAUUUGAGUCAACUACAAAUCGUUGUGGUUAAAAAGCUAUCUUACAGGUAUAACUUGGAAGGUUGCAAGACUGCAUCUAAUAAAUGCUUGAAGUGCAGAUGUCUUCUCCAGAAGAAUGUCCUGUACAUAAAGCAGAAGGCUGACUCCCACUCGAUAUUCCUAGAACUUUCUCGCUUAUUCUACCAUGGAAUCCCUGAAUUACACCUUGCUAAUUUCCUUCACAUGAUAGCAUCCAUGGCUGAAUCAGGCUGCACCGAAGAGCAAAUAGAGUUCUUUGUUGUAAAUAGUCAGAAUAUCCCUAAACUUCCUGAUAAUGAACCUAUUUGGUCUCUUUCAUCAUUAUCCCCACCCAAGGAAGAUCUUGAGAUUUCACAAACAGCUUGUUCCUCAGGUAUGGUAAAUGGAAAGAAACAGUCAAAGUCCAAAAGAAAGCGAGUUGAUUCAACUUGUUCUUCUGCUCCAGCAAAUAAGCCAAUUACAAGUCCAUCGUCAACCAUUCCACCAAAUGAAAGUCAUUGUCAGAAAGAAGGAAAACCUGAAGUUAUGACAUCAUACACUGAUAAGCAUGGAAUUCCUAUUGGAGUUGGUUUUGAUUGGAUUAUCCUAGAUGAUACAGUAGCACACAUGGAGGCAAGUCUGCAAGAACCUAAGGCUAUGGAAGGUUUACAACUUGGUGGUGUUAAGACGGAAAGCGCAGGCUGUAGUUCUUCAGAAGUAGCAUUAAAUGAGAAAGAUCCGCUUCCUUUUAGUACACCCAAUGAGCACCAAGCAGCUGUAACUGGGAGGUUGGGAGAGUUUGUAGCUUUCAAGUACUUGGUAGAAAAGCUUGGGGAGGAAGUAGUUAAUUGGGUGAAUAGAGAAACAGAGACGGGUUCACCGUACGAUAUCCUUCUGGGGAAGGAUGGAAACAACAUAGAAUACAUCGAGGUUAAAGCAACCAGGUCUCCAACGAAAGACUGGUUUAAUAUAUCACCGAGGGAAUGGCAAUUUGCAACCGAGAAGGGGGAACGUUUCAGCAUCUUGCAUGUUGCUUUGUUAGAUUUGAACAAUACAAAAGUAACAGUGUUCAAGAACCCAGCGAGGCUAUGCCAGCAAGGCAUGUUGAAAUUGACGGUUUUGAUGUCAACAGGUUAUAGAAAGCCUAACCUUGCUUCUUAGUGGCCAUGUUAAAAUUGCGUAGUCAAGAUUUAACCAGUGAUUAGAAAUUUUUUCUUCUCGUAUCAGUAACUUUUGGUAGUAAAGCUUUUCGGCAUGGCAGUGAUGUCAAUAUUGUACAGUAUAACGUAUAAGAGUAGAAGAAAAAUGCUGUAAAGUUGCAAGUUUUAGUUUUGGUUUCACCUAUUCAUCA